ACUAGAUCUGCGCUGCAAGUCCUGGACCUCUGCGGGUUGCAAGGAGACGAGGGUCCGACGGUGGACUCGAUGGGGGGCUGGUCCCUAACCAUAGCGCUGUGCACUAUGGUGGUGCAGGCGCGAGCCGGAGAACGAAAGAGGGUCUGCACUCUGGAGCGAGACAAUGAUGUGAAACGAGAGAGGGGCCAGCGCAAGAGAGUCAAGGAGGCAACUGGUGACAAGAGCGACCGCAAGGAGGGGUCCGCGGGAGUCUUGGGGGAAGCAGAUUUGAUGAAGGGGGUGAAGAGGAGGAUAGAAACAGGGAGGAGGCGAGAGAGCUCGGGGAUGGAAGGAGACGAGAAGGAAAUUCGUGCACCCUUGCAGGUGAGGGCGGACAUUUUUGUCAACGCCCGCUCUUGGGAGCGCGUGUGCACAGCCCUGAGUGCGACGGGACCCCUGGAACUGCAGUGCCGGUACCUGCACGUGGAGGAGGUCUCCGUGUCCAGCAUUGGGACCCUGCUGGACCUCUUGCCACCUCGGGGCCUGCUAGGGGUGGAUGUGCGCUACAGCAACCUUGGCGUGGCGGGCCUGGCUCAGCUGCUGCCUCGGCUCGCCGCCUUCCCCGACUUGAGCUCUCUCUGCCUGCACUACUGCAACUUGGACCUUCGCCGGGACCAGCCGGGGCAGGAGGAGGCGUUCCGAGACCUCUCCCAAGGUCUGGCACAGCUGCAGGGACUGCGACGUCUCAGCCUCACGGCUCUGCGUUUGCCAGGACAACUUCGUGUGCUACUCAGGGCUUCACACACUGUUACCUACUGGUGACGCAGCACCCAGAGCAACUGGGG